UGGCGAAUUGUUACUGGAAUUGUUACUGGGGGUUUUUGGGCUGUCUGAUUCUCCCUGGCCGCGCUGCCUGCCUGUCACAUAGGGACGGUGGGAUCGAUGGAUUCGGAUCCUUGGCUCUGAGAAUGGCUGGGCUGAGCUGUAGGGAAAGGGAUCCCAAGGAGAAGGUGCUGCAGGAGCUGAGUUUAGGGAGCAAUUCCGCGUCCAGCUGCUUCCAGGCCGUGAGGAUCCCCUUUUUACAGCAGGCACACAGGGUUUAGGGCUGGGAUUGUUGCUGAGGAAAUGCCCGUCGAUGCUGAACCUGCCCUGUCCACCCACAGGAACAGAGACCGGGCACUGCAGGGCAGCAGCCAAAGCCGAGGCGGGCGCUGAGAGCAGCUCGGCGGGGAGAACGGCCGACAUGACGGAAUUCAUGGACGAGCUGAGCCUGGGCUCGCCCGAGCAGAGAGAAUCCCGGGCGCGCUCCGGCCGCUCCUCCAGCCGCUCCUCCAGCCGCUCCUCGCGCAGCUCCAGCUCCAAAGAUCAAUCCCAGCUGAUUCUUGCACAGAUGCAGAACCUGCAGGUUUUAGGCUUGAGUAGGCUCAUGUGGAUUUUAGUGACACAAAGCAACUUUUCAUUCCUUCCUCUUCUAGACAAGAGGGAACUCCUGGAAAUUGCAAAAGCCAAUGCUGCCAAAGCUCUGGGGACAGAUAACAUUGUCCUGCCAGCCAGCCUGAAGAUGUCUGCUCCUGCCAAAGAGAUCAAAAGUGAGAAGCAGGAGCGGGAGGAGGCCAGGGACUCAGCUGAGCAACCUGGGAGUGCAGCUGAGGAUGAGACCAGGGCUGCUGUGGAGAGAGCAACAAUCCAGAGGAGCAUUUCCUUCAGCCCUAAUAACACAAUGGCCAAGCCUGCCCUGCAGAAGCCAGUGAGCCAUGCUGUGGUUAAGGAACCUGUGGUUUCUCCACCCAGGGAGGAUGACAGGAAGGGAAGCCCCUAUGGGCAGUGGGUUCCUGUCAAGAAGGAGGAGAAGAAAACAUUCCUGAACUUCUCACCCAAAAGCUCCCUGUUCAGGGCACGCUGAUGGGAGUCACUGUCAGCCUGCAGCACUUCACACCCCUCAGCACAGAUGGAGAUUUCUGAUGGGCUUGAAGAUUUGUUAAUACUGAGUAUUUAUUUUGAAGACUUAAUUUUUGGAAUCUUAGGUUUCUCUUUCAGAUAGAGAGCACACAGAUCCAGAAGCCACAGAUGGGAAUCUUGUGUAUAUUUGUAAAUAUUUUGUAUUGCUUUAUUGGACUAGAACUUGCAGGUGGGUAACUUUUUUCUAAACCAUAGUUGAGUAGCUGUUCUUUGAACACCUGGAUUUACAUUGUGUAACUGUUUACUUCAAGUGAAUAAAGUUUAGUUUUGCACUGGCUGUGUCAGGUGUGAGGCCUGUGUUGAUCUGCUCCUUCCUGGGUUUGCCCAGGUGCAGCACAGCAGUGAAAGUGGAUCCUGCCUCCCUCACAGCCUCUUCCUUCCCUGGGCCCCCCCGGGAGUGGGGAUGUGUCAGGCUUUAGCUUCCUGCCGCACUCACAUCAUCCCUUUGAUCCUGGAGUUAGGGCAGGGUUAGAUUGGUUUGGUUUGCUUUGAAAUGAGUGAGGCAGGAAGGAAAAGGGCCAGGAGGCUUCCAGACCUCUGCUAAAAUGGGAAAUUCAGACCUCUGCUCCAGGAGUUCAGGAAGAGGAGGAGUAACUGGUUAAAAUUGGGUUUUGUAUAAAUAAAUUAUCAGUAAAAUAAACUCAAUUGGACUAA